AAGACCCCCUGUGCCGACGCGUGUGCCGACCAUGAUAGCUCCGCUAGGCUAUGGCGGAGCGACGCGUGCGUAGAGGGACCACUGACACAGCGGUCCCACGCGACAGAGGCUCCCGCCUCCCUGCUAAACCGCAAGGCCGCUACGCACACGCGGCGAAGUCACACCGGAACCGCAUUCGCAGCCCGCUUUCGUCGCCGCCAUCACCACACCUCCUCAACCUCCUCUCAUGGUGAUUGCCCCCCGAGCCGCACGCCCCAAGCACCCCUAACCCUAGAUCCCGCCACCACUCACCCCCGCACGCGCACUCUCACUCCCCCACUCUGCCUGCCUGUCACCAUGGAGGCCGGGAGCAGCAAGGCCAGGCUGGCUGUGGCGUGCGCGAUCGGCGGGAUCGUGCUGGGCGCGGCCGUCGUGGCGCUCCACGUCGCCGGGCCCGUGGCCGUCCCGGGGCUUCCCCCGCUCGACGCGCUGCGGCGCCGGUUCCGCCGCCGCCGCCGCCCCGUGCGCGUCUACAUGGACGGCUGCUUCGACAUGAUGCACUACGGCCACUGCAACGCGCUGCGCCAGGCGCGCGCGCUCGGCGACCAGCUCAUCGUCGGCGUCGUCAGCGACGACGAGAUCACCGCCAACAAGGGGCCGCCCGUCACGCCGCUCAACGAGAGAAUGGUGAUGGUGGGUGCAGUGAAAUGGGUGGAUGAUGUUAUUCCAGAUGCGCCAUAUGCCAUAACUGAAGACUUCAUGAACAAGCUAUUCACCGAGUAUAAUAUAGAUUACAUCAUCCAUGGCGACGAUCCUUGCCUGCUCCCAGAUGGCACCGACGCAUAUGCCCUUGCCAAAAAUGCUGGCAGAUAUAAGCAGAUUAAAAGAACUGAGGGAGUGUCAACAACAGACAUUGUCGGAAGAAUGCUUCUUUGUGUUAGAGAGAGAUCAGUUUCUGAUAGGCACAACCACUCUUCACUACAGAGGCAGUUCAGUUCUGGGCAUGGUCAGAAGAUUGACGAUAGUGGGUCUGGAAGUGGAACUAGAAUAUCUCAUUUUCUUCCUACAUCUAGGCGGAUAGUUCAGUUCUCAAAUAGCAGGGGUCCAGGACCAGAUUCUCGGAUAGUUUACAUCGAUGGUGCAUUUGAUCUGUUCCAUGCUGGUCAUGUUGAGAUAUUGCGACUUGCUCGAGGGCUUGGAGAUUUCUUGCUUGUUGGUAUUCACACGGAUCAGACAAUAAGUUCUACACGAGGACCACAUCGCCCAAUCAUGAAUCUUCAUGAGCGAAGUUUGAGUGUCCUAGCCUGCCGUUAUGUUGAUGAAGUAAUAAUUGGUGCUCCAUGGGACAUUUCAAAAGACAUGAUUACAACAUUUAAUAUUUCAUUAGUCGUUCAAGGAACAAUUGCUGAGAACAUGGAUUUUGCGAAGGAUGAGUCACAUCCAUACGCUGUCCCAAUGGAUAUGGGCAUUUUCCACAGAUUGGAGAGUCCUUUGGAUAUCACUACUAGCACUAUUAUAAGGAGGAUAGUUUCUAACCAUGAAGCCUACCAGAAGCGGAAUGAGAAGAAGGAAGCCAGUGAGAAGAAGUACUACGAGAGUAAAAACUUCGUCAAUGGAGAGUAGUUUGUGAACAUACGUUUUGAGAUACUAACACCCCGUCACAAAUGCAACCAACCAUCAGGUGUUCCACAUGUUUAUUGUUUCAUGUUAUCUUUGUCAUGUUGAUGAUACAGGCUUAGGUAGCUUGUGAUGAAACCUCGCCUAGUGAGAUCCAGGCAGUAGUGGUGAUUUUAGGUGAGGAUGCUGGAGGGGGAAGGUGUUUCCUCCAUUCACUUCCAGUCUCCAUCUUCCCUGUCUAGGGCCCCUGUUUAUGGUCCUUCGCUGCUCAAGUUUUAGUUGUGACCUAUAGUUUCAUAACUCUGGUACAGUAUGAAUGUUAGGUUGAAUAACUACUUGCAGUUGAUGCUUUA